GAUUUGACACUGAGCAAUCUAUUGACACUUAUAACUUCACCGUAGUAUCAUUUGGAGUAUCUAGUUCACCUUAUCUCGCUAUGAGAGUCGUGCGUCAGCUAGCUGAAGACAGCAUUGACAGGUACCCGCUCGCAGCUAAUGAAGCUACUCAUCACAUGUACAUGGACGAUUACAUAAACUCAAUCGAUGGUUUUGAGAAAGCCAAAGAAACUUAUCAUGAAAUGGUUGAUAUGUUCAACUCAGGUGGUUUCAAUUUAACCAAAUGGAUCUCCAAUGACACUAAAUUUCUAAAUGAAGUUCCUAGCUCUCAUAAAAAUCCGCACGCAAUUAAUUUUGAUUCAGAUGCUCAAGACGUUACAAAAAUAGCAGGAAUGCAGUGGCAUCCUAAACUCGAUACUUUUACUUUUAAAACCAACGCUAAUGAGAGUCCACGCGAUUAUACAAAACGCUUAAUUCUUUCGAUUAACGCUCAUAAUGAAAAUUUUGAAGAAUCAAAAAUUACUGUUCUAGCAGUUGAAACUUCUGUUUCCGACGCUCAACAUCCGAUUGAAAUUUUAGCCGAACGCUCUUCUAGCUGGUCUAAAUUAUUGCGCACCAUUGUUUACAUGUUAAGAUUCUCUAAACGCAAAUUAGAUGAACUUUACACUCUCAUACAGUCCAAUGCUCAUAAAAAUUUCAUUGAAAAUCGCCUCGCAGAACAUCGUAUUCAAUUUAAACAUAGCCCGCCUUACGGCCCGCAUUUUAAUGGUCUUAGCGAAAUUAACGUUCGCUGUGUAAAAACGCAUUUAUACAAGGUAGUAGGGACACAAAUCCUUACUUAUGAAGAAUUAAAUACAAUUAUAAUUCAAAUCGAAAACUUAUUAAAUAGUAGACCAUUAUGUAUUUUAAGCUCUGAUCCGUCAGAUCUUUCCGCACUUACGCCCAAUCAUUUUCUCAAUCUCACUCCCGCAAAAUAUUUACCUGUCGAGGAUUUAACGGAUAUUCCCGACAGCCGCUUAUCCCGCUAUCAAUUGUUAACUAAAAUUACUUGUUCUUUCUGGAAACGCUGGAGCCAAGAAUAUUUGACUUCUUUACAACACAGACAAAAGUGGAAUACUCCAUCCAACCCUGUGAGUCUUGGAGCUGUUGUUGUAAUCAAAGACUCCAACGUUCAUCCUCUUUGCUGGCCUCUAGGAGUUAUAGAAGAACUCUAUCCAGGGAAAGACAGUAUAAUUCGAGCAGUCAAAGUUAGAACGCGUUCCGGAAGCUACAUCAGACCUGUAGUUCGGAUAUGCCCUCUACCUUCUCAAUAGGCUGCUAUUAACUCUAUUUAAACGCUUUUAACGCUAUAAUUUUUAUCUCUCUGUCUUGCAAUUCGUUCUGUUUAGAGGAUUACCUCUAGGCGGGGGAAGUUGU